AUGGUUGGUGGUCGACUCUGUUAUCGUAGCUUCGUACACAUCAUUGUGCUGCUGCUCUGGGUCUGCCUCCAUUACGUGGAGACUUCCAGUGGAAAACAUGUCAUUCAUAAAAAAGUUGGAGAUACUGUGGAGCUUUCAUCAGGCUUACCAAUUGAAGGUGUGACUGUGGCAACGUGGAGAUAUGGAGGAAUAAAUGUUGCAGACAAAGAUGUGGGUGUUUUUGAAAAAUCUCCAUUUAAGGACAGAUCAGAGCUGAACCCUGAAGACUUUACUUUAACAGUGAGAGAACUGAUUCUUCAAGAUUCUGGUGAUUUUAUGUUUAUCUCAGGCUGGAAUAACAAGCAAAGGCCUUCAGUCACCAUCACUCUGCAAGUUCAUGAGCCCAUAACUAAACAGCCUGUCUUAAAAAUCAGUUCAAUUUCCUCAAAUGAAUCAUGUAAAGUUCUGCUGGAGUGCAGCGCAACUGGUGAUGUCAGCUACAAGUGGACUGUAGGAAACCAAACACUAACUGGUCCCAGGCAACAAUACAUCAUCAGGGAGCAGGAUGGAGAGACCAAUUUCACCUGCACAGUUUCCAAUCAUGUCAGUGAAAAGUCUGCAUUUCAAACAGAGAAGUGCAGCAACGGUACACAGCAAGAACCAGAAAAACACUUAAUCCUUUUUGUGGGUGUAGCUGGUGGAUGUCUGGUGCUUGUCAUUAUAGCCAGUAUAAUCGUAGGAGUUUGUUGCUGCAAAAGAAGACAUGUUGGAAGUGACACAAAUGACCUCACUGUUUAUGCUGAUAUUGGUGAGCUUACAAACGAAGAUGGGACUUCAUCUACCAUGCAGCCUUGCUCUGUGUAUGAAACCAUUGAUAACAGAGCCACUUCACUUAAACCUGGGCCUCAGACUGUCUAUGACAAGAUCCAGCUUAAUCGUGUGAGGAAGCCUUCAGUGUCACCCUACCAAGACGUUUCAUAG